AGAUACAAGUGUAACACAAUAACUAGAAUAUAAAAACAAAACUCGUCUAGCUUCGUCGAGUCUCGUUGGGUCUCGUCCAGCUCUUUCACUGGAUCCAACAUCGAAAAAUAUAUUUUACAGCUGAUUUUUUUUUUCUACAUAAUGAAUGUGACAGUUUUUCUAAUUCAUAUUAUAUUGUGAUUAUCAAUUUUAUAAAAUAUAUUUUAUACAACAACUAUCGAAAAAUAAUAUCAGAUUAAAAAUAAAAAAAUAUUGAACUUUAUCAAAAAAUGUUAUCAACUUUAAUCUACAUUUUUAUUGGAGCAUAAAAUAAUUGAUUACUUUGUGUUUUUUUAUUUUUUAUUCAACAAUAUAUAUAUAUAUAUUUUUUAUUUAAAGUUUUUUUUUUUUUUUAUCGUCAUUGGCCUGGAUCCAUUGUUGAUCUGAAUAUUUAAUUGAAGCAAUUUUUAUACUCGUGUGUUGAAUGUUGACAAUUUUUAUUAACAAUUACAAUAAAUAUUAUUUAUUAAAUAUUUAUUUAAAUACAAAAUGGCAAGUGGAAAUAAACAACACAGAACAUCAUUACCAGUUAAUUUUAAUGAGCCACUUUCAUUUCUUCAGCGAGUUGCUGAAUACAUGGAAUAUUCCAAAUUAUUAAAACAGGCUGCUGCACAAGAAACACCAGUUGAAAGAUUACAGUAUGUUGCUGCUUUUGCAGUGAGUGCAUUGGCAUCAAAUUGGGAAAGAUUGGGUAAACCAUUUAAUCCACUUCUUGGUGAAACUUACGAGCUUGAAUGUGAUGAUUUUCGUAUAAUUUGUGAACAGGUGUCACAUCAUCCACCAGUAUCAGCAUUUCAUGCUGACAGUGAUGAUUUUAUAUUUCACGGUAGUAUUCAUCCAAAAUUAAAAUUUUGGGGUAAAAAUAUUGAGGUACAUCCCAAGGGUAUUGUAACUGUUGAGCUGCCAAAAUGGAAAGAAGCAUAUACUUGGCAAAAUGUCAACUGCAUAUUGCAUAAUGUACUUGUAGGACAAUUGUGGAUGGAACAAUUAGGUGCUUUAGAAAUAAAACAAAGCGGUGGUGCAAAUUUAAAAGCUACAUUGUCAUUUAAAAGUGCUGGAUGGAGUGGUAAAGACUUGCAUCGUGUUGAAGGCUUUAUAACUGAUUCAGAGAGUAAAAAACGACAUGUAUUUAUUUAUGGUAAAUGGACAGAAGGAUUGAGAGCUUGUGAAGCAAAUUUGUAUGAAGAAACAAUUGAAAAAAUUAAACGUGAAAAUAAAAGUCCACAAAAUAGUCCUGGACAUAAAAAAGUUUUAGCAAAAUUAAAUAGCUUUAAACUUGGAGCAUUUAAACCAUCUCAUCAGGAUGCAAUUGAUGAUCCAACAGCUGAUGGUGAAGAUUGUCUUCCAGUUGAUGAAAUUCCAGGAUCAAUUGAACUCUGGGAAGUCACACCAAGACCUCCAAAUAGUAGAGAUUAUUAUAAUUUUACUCAAUUUGCAAUGAGAUUGAAUGACAUGGAAUCUGGAUUUAAUGGUAAAUUAUGUCCAACUGAUUCAAGAUUAAGACCAGAUAUUAGAAAAUUAGAAGCUGGUGAUCAUGAAGGUUCAGCAAAUGAAAAAACAAGACUCGAGGAUAAACAAAGAGAUUCACGUAAAGUUAAAAAAAAUAAAAAAAUAAGUGAAGCACCAAGAUGGUUUCAGUCGAGUAUAAAUCCUUACACAGGUCAAGAAGACUGGCUUUACACUGGUAGCUACUGGGAUCGUGAUUUUUCAAAUAUUGAAGAAAUAUUUUAGAUAAAUAUUUAAUAAAUAAUAUCGAUAAAAUAAUAAUAAUAAAUAUGGCUCUAGAAUUUGGAGAAAGAUUGUUCGAAAAAAUUUAAUAAAUUUAAAAAAUUUGUCUUGUUGAUUGUGACUGUUAAAAGUGUAUUUUAAAAAUAACGAGAAUUUUAUUGAGUGUUGUGAGUAUGUAAUUUUCUCAAGUGUGUAACACAAUUACUGUGUUCAUAGAAAAAAAAAAUGAAUAUAGCCAAUGAAAAGUAUUAAUAAUAUCACAUAUGAAAAAUGAAUUUAUUAGGAUUAUUGAGGAAUUCUUUUUUUUUUUUUUUUUUGGCCAGGUUCAUCAAGGUGAAGAUUAUUUAAUAACAAAAAUAUUUUAUUGAAGUUAUUUGGUGGGUAUGUAAUACUCUGGGAUGAAAAUAACGAAAAUAUAAAUAAAUAAAAAAAAAUAGCAGUGACG